AUGGUUUCACGGUCCAGCUCGUUCAGCGAUACGGAUCCUCCGAUCCAGUUCAACACGCCAAAUCCGCCUGUUGAUAUGGAGGACGUGCCUGAGCCUAGAAAGAAUUACCCGAAGAUUUUCGCGGCUAAGGUGAAGCGAGGAUGGCAAAGAUUGGAAUUGGAUAUCCCGACGGUUCUGCAGAUGAUGAAAGGCGCUAUUCCGCCCACAAUUGCUCUUGCUAUGUACCAAGCGGACUCGGUAUCUUCGGAAUUCACCACGCUCGGCUACAUGGUGGCUAUCAUCUCCGUCCUUGGAUUCGCCAUCAUGCCCAGAGCCAAGUUCAUUCAAAUGAUGGUCCUUGACGUGCUAGCAGUCUGCGUAGCAAUUUCAAUUGCCCUGCUCAUGAUGUACUGCUGUAUACACUCACGGCAGCAUGCAACGACAGGCUAUCGGACCGCGCUUGGAGCUUAUAAUUCGUCUGCAUCCGCCGUUAGCGGCGUGUGGCUUUUCUUCCAGACCUUCAUGGUACAUUCGCUUCGCGCUAAGUUUCCGCAGUUUCAGUUUCCGGUCAUCAUCUAUUCGAUCAUUGCUGUGGUCACCAGUACCUAUGCACCGCAGUUUACGAGUAUGGCUACAGCAAUUGGUUUUGCUACGAGACUCCUGAAGGCGUGUAUGACGGGUUUGGCUCUUACCACGGGUGUUUCUCUUUUUAUCUUCCCCUUGUCUACCAGAACAGUGGUCUUCAAGGAGAUGGCAGGAUACAUAGGAGGCUUGCGCGCAGCUCUCAAGGCGCAUUCAAAUUACUUCGUGACACUAGAACGCGACGACAUGUUCGGCCGCACAGAAACAUUCGAUGAAACCGUCGAGAAAAUGGGCAAAAAGGGCAAAGUCUACAGCUCCGAGGCACAAGCCAUUCAUGCCGCAGUCCAGAAAAUCACCGAGCUUCACGGAAAGCUCCAUGGUGAUUUGACGUUCGCCAAACGAGAAUUCGCGUGGGGAGAGCUAGGCCCUGAUGACCUGCAGAUGACUUUCCGACAGCUUCGCAAGGUUAUGAUUCCUGUUGUCGGAAUUGGGUUUGUCGUGGAUAUCUUCCAGCGUCUUUCGGAGUACAACAAGUGGAAUGAACCAAUUGAUCCGAACGCAAAUGAUCUCCCGACUGAUGCGAUCCGCCAACGGGUCGUGCGAGAAUGGAAUGAUAUCAUGAGGGCUGUUCAUGAUCCGUUUGCUUCUAUGAUCGAGACCAUUGACGAGGGAUUACAGCACGUGUCCUACACCUUGAGGUUGACUAAGCCACCGAAGAAGAAGGCUGCCCCCAGUCCUGCAAAUUCUGACAUGUCUGAUAAUAAAGAUGGAGGUGAUAUCGAGGCGGAUGCUGGGAAAGUUGAACCGGGUGACAAGGGUUUCGCUGAGCAUUUCCAGCGCAAGUUGAGUGAAUUUCGGGUGGCCAAGAAGAUUGCGUUGCAGACUUGGGCUGAAGAAAAAGGCUUGAAAUUACCCGAUGACUUCUUCGAUCAUCCCUCGGCUAUGGAGGAUAUCAAUGACCUUCCUGCAGACGUUACGGGAUUCAGUAGAGACAGAAAUCGCCGACAACUCUAUCUGUUUCUUUUCAUGGAACAAUUGCUAUUCGCAUCAGGACAAACAGUCCUGGAGUUCGUCCAAUUCGCCGAUGAAAAACGCGACAGCGGGAAACUGUCCAGGACACGCCUCAUUGUCCCAGGGGGGAAACGAAUGGUCAAGUGGCUAGCAAGUAUCUUCCAUGUAGGCGACACUCACGAAGAUGAUAACAUCGGCGACAUCAACACGCAAGGCAAUAUCCUACAACUUGGAGAAGCGUACAAGUACCGAAAAGACCCCGAGCAUCUCCCACCACAAACCGCUUUCGAAAAAGUCGGCGACAAAGUCCGCAUGUUCUCCUGGAUGUUACGCUCGACUGAAUGCGCCUAUGGUUUCCGAGUAGCGUGCGCGACGAUGACCAUUGCUGUUAUUGCAUAUCUGUAUGACACGCAGGAGUUCUUCGUACGGCAACGCUUGUUCUGGGCUAUUAUCAUGGUUAACCUCAGUAUGUCGCCUACCUCGGGCCAGAGUAUCUUUGGUUUCGUGCUACGAAUUCUCGGCACUGUACUCGCCAUGAUUGUCUGUUUCUUGUCUUGGUACAUCCCCGACGAGCACACAGCAGGCACCUUGGUAUUUUUCUUUAUCUUCGUCUCCUGCGCCUUCUACGUUCCCAUCAAAAUGUUCCGGUUCCGUAUCAUCGGUAUUAUCACCAUCAUUACCGCAUCCAUGAUCAUCGGCUACGAGCUCCAAGUCCGCAAGGUCGGGGAACAAAUCGCUACAUCCAACGGACAGACAUACUACCCAAUCUACCUCCUUGCGCCUUAUCGAUUGGCAACCGUCGCAGGUGGUAUUGGUGUCUCAUUUAUCUGGACUUUCUUUCCGUAUCCCAUGUCGGAGCAUUCUGUGCUUCGCCAGAGUCUUGGUGCUUCGCUGUAUCUACUGGCAAAUUACUACUCGCUUAACCACGAGACUGUCUCCGCGCGGAUUCGGGGCGAUGAGGGCGAUAUGGCGCUGAAGACGUCUUCUGGACGUAGACUCGAGAAGGCGCGGAAUCAGGUCUUCUCGAAACAGAUGCUGAUGUUGAACGGCCUGCGGACAUACUCUGGGUUCCUGCGAUGGGAGGUCCCAGUCGGUGGUAAAUUCCCCAAGAAACGAUAUGACUCCAUCAUCAAUUGCAUAGAGAACAUCGUAAACUACCUAUCUCUACUAGGCUACGCCUCUGAAGCCCUCUCCAAACUCGGUACCAACGAGUCCGAAUCCGCCUGGAUCCACGACUUCAAGGCUCUCAUCACCCAAGCGCGCAUCACAACCCAUGAGAUCACCUCCGUGCUAUGUCUCCUCUCAGCAAGUAUCACCAACCGCCAGCCUUUACCGCCGUACUUGAAGACUCCCCGGCCAUACAGUUUCUCGAAGAGGCUCGAGGCGCUGGACAAGGAUAUUCUGAGCAUCAGACAUAUGGCCGAACCGGGGUAUGCGGCGUUUUCGGUGCUGCAGAUUUCGACGAGAUGUAUUGUGGGUGAUGUGGAUCGGUUGUUGCGUGACGUGAAAGCAUUAGUUGGAGAGCUGGAUUUCUCCUUCCAUGCUGUUAGUACCCGCGAAACCUCGAAGUCGUCGAUGAAUGUCACGAGAUCAUCUAUGUAUGCGUCGGGACUGUCCAGGGCUUCUUCGUUCCGGGAUAAAAGUGAUUAG